UUUUUAAAAAUUUAAAAACAGCUUUAUUUAGGUAUAAUUUAACUACAAUAAGCUGCACAUUUUAAAAGUAUACGAUUUGUUCAGUUUUUACAUAUGUAUACACCGAUGAAACCAUCACCACAACCAAGAUUGUGAACUACCCAUCACCCCCAAAAGGGUCCUUGUGACCCUCCUGAUCUCUCCCUCCCCUCCCCAUCCCCCCAAACCACUGAUCUGCUCUCUGUGCAAAUCAUGCUGCAGAGAGAGAGACAGAGAGAGAGACAGAGAGAGAGAGAGAGAGAGACACACACACACACACACACACACACACACGGGGGGGGGGGAGAGAGAGGUUAAAUGCUCAAAAACAGAAAAAUAUUCAUGCAAAUAGUAUGGAAGAUAAUUUCGGAGAAUUUUUGAAUUUUGUUUAUCCUUGUUUUCUAAAUCGUAUAUGACGCAUAUGAAUUGCUUUUGUAAUAAGAAAAAGUAAUUAAGGUUAUUAAAAUAUCUGCCACAGAUAACCCACAAAGCGAACAUUCUAAACUUAGCACAUAGACAUUCGAGAAAUGCCUGCUGAAAGGGACAUUUGCUGGUGGUGUGGAGUUGCUUGCAAUUGCUUUUUUAUUCAUGUUGAUGGCUGUGGUGGUGAUAAAUAUAAGUGGUGAUGGCCAAGGGAUGUUGACUCUAGGUGUGAGUGCUCUGGUGAGAAUGGCUGCAGGUGUGCCGGUGACAGUGGAGAUGACUGCUGCAGGGUGAUGGUGGAGGAGAGAUGGCUCUAGGAGUUAUGGUUGUAGGGGUGAGGGCAUCAGUGGGCAUGACUGGCUAUAGUGAUAGUGUCUGUAAGGGUGAUAGCUAUGAGGAUGAUCACCGUACCGGUGAUAGUGGCAGUGGUGAGGCAGAUAGAGACAGAUGGCCGAGGGGUGUUGACUACAGGGGUGGUUGUUUUAGCAGUGAUGGCUGUAGUGGUGCUAAUGGCAGUGGGAAUGACUGCAGGGAUGAUAGCUGAAAGGUGUUGGCUGCAGGGGUGUGGUGAUGGUUGUAGGGGUGAUGGCUGUAGGGAUGAUGGUCGUGGGGUAAGAGUGUCAUGGGAGUGACUGGCUGUAAUGUCCGUAAGGAUAACAGCCGAGAGGAUGAUGGUUGUGACAGUGAUAGCAGCAGUGAUGACUAUAGGGGUGAUGGCUGUAGGGAUGGUUUUUCUAGCAGUGGUGGCUGUAGGUGUGCCAGUAGCAGUGGAGAUGACUUCAGGGCUGAUGGCUGUAGAUAGGAGUGAUGGCUAUGGGGUGAUAGGAGAGGGACUGAUAGCAGUGAUGACCUUGGCGAUGCAAGGUGACUGGGAGCAUUGGCCCCACAGGCAGAGAGAUGGUCCCACUUCCGGUUUCGGGACUCUGGUCAGUGAGAUAAAGGGCUUGAGUAGGCCGUAUGUCAGGUUGACUGGCCGAAGGACUGGCAAUGGUUGCCAUGAGAUGGCAGGGUAGGGACUUUUCUCUGCUUGUUCAACCCAAGAGCCGUCUGCAUCAGAAUCUCUGGAGACUGAAGCUGGGACUUCCUUCCUCCCUAGGGGCCGGCAGGGGCUGCGAUUGCUGUAAGAGCAGGUCACGUGACGGGGCUUCCUGUAUGCUGCUGCCGCCGGGUGUCCAUGGCCCGCACCCCCAAGCUGCCAGUGCAGCAGUCAGAGUGGCAGCCGGAGGCUCAGUCCAUGCCGUGCCCCCUGGACGGUGCCGGCGAGGCUGAGCAAGAGGCCUCCGCAUCUCGAUACCUACGAGCGCAGGGGCGGAGCAUCACCAGGGUAGAGGACCAUGUUGCGCCGUAAGCCCUCCAACGCCAGCGAGAAGGAGCCCACGCAGAAGAAAAAGCUCUCGCUUCAGCGCUCCAGCAGCUUCAAAGAUUUUGCCAAAUCCAAACCCAGCUCCCCAGUGGUGAGCGAGAAGGAAUUUAAUCUGGAUGAUAAUAUUCCAGAAGAUGACUCAGGUGUUCCGCCCCCAGAGGAUGCUGGAAAGAGCAGCAAAAAGCUGGGGAAGAAGUGGAGGGCCGUGAUUUCCCGAACCAUGAACAGGAAGAUGGGCAAGAUGAUGGUGAAGGCCCUGUCGGAGGAGAUGGGAGAUACUCUGGAGGAGGGCUCAGCCUCCCCGACGUCUCCGGACUGCAGCCUGGACAGCCCCGGCCCUGAGAAGAUGGCGCUGGCCUUUUCUGAGCAAGAGGAGACGCAGCUCCCAGCACUCAGCCGCCAGGCAUCCACAGGCAGUGAGCUCUGCAGCCCCAGCCCAGGCUCUGGCAGCUUCGGGGAGGAACCACCUGCCCCCCAGUACACAGGGCCCUUCUGUGGCCGGGCACGAGUCCACACCGACUUCACUCCCAGCCCGUAUGACCAUGACUCACUGAAACUGCAGAAGGGAGAUAUGAUCCAGAUCAUCGAAAAGCCGCCUGUGGGCACGUGGCUGGGCCUGCUCAAUGGCAGGCUGGGCUCUUUCAAGUUCAUCUACGUGGACGUGCUGCCCGAGGAGGCUGUGGGACCUGCCCGCCCCAGCCGCCGACAGAGCAAGGGCAAGAGGCCCAAGCCCAAGACUCUGCAUGAGCUGCUGGAGCGCAUCGGCCUUGAGGAGCACACGUCCACCCUGCUGCUCAAUGGCUACCAGACGCUGGAGGACUUCAAAGAGCUGCGGGAAACACACCUCAAUGAGCUGAAUAUCAUGGACCCACAGCAUCGGGCCAAGCUGCUCACGGCUGCUGAGCUGCUGCUGGACUACGACACCGGCAGCGAGGAGGCGGAAGAGGGCGCCGAGAGCGGCCAGGAGCCAGUGGCACACACGGUGGCAGAGCCCAAGGUGGACAUCCCGCGUGACUCGGGCUGCUUCGAGGGCUCAGAGAGCGGGCGCGACGAAGCAGAGCUGGCGGGUGCCGAGGAGCAGCUACACGGCCUCUCCCUGGCCGGGGCACCUUGAGGCAGCAGUGUGGGCCGAGGCUGGGCCUGAGCAGCCCAGGCCGCGGGGCUGGACUCAGCCUUCCGCGGUGGCCCCGGGCCGGAGGACUGGCACCAAGCCCGGCCCCGCUCCCCCAGGGGUGCCUAGGUCAGCAGAGGCCGGCCGAGCCCUACAGGCGCGGCUGGAGUGCACGACAAGCUGAGCCGCCGAAGCCGGGCCGCCUCCCUCCACCAGCUACUUGACAGCACAGCCCUUCCAGCUGCGGCCAGAGUAGGGGGGCACUGAGGGGGCACCGGGCCCAUGCCCCUCACCACCAAGGCCUCCAAACCCUCCUUGCCUCCACACCACCUUCCCCUGUCGCGCUGCUCCUGAAAAGGGGGCCGAGUCGGUGGUUCAGGUCAAUCUCAAUACCCUAGGGAAACCUGGUCAUUGAAAAGGACUCUAAUUGAUCACAGGUGAAUCCAGAUUCUCUAAAUAAGGUUUGAAGCCACAUGUACAUGUAUCUUUCCUACUUUCCUUCACCUUAAUUCUCUUACAGGUUUAGCCACUAAAUCACUGUGCCACUUGAACUGAGUGCCUUCCUCAAUCUGGGUCUAGGACAGGUCAGAAUAAGAAUGGAUAGUUGCUGAGGGCCAACUCUGACAUUCUGUGAUAUUAAACGUCUGCUGUCCCGUUACCUGUGGCCCAGGACACCAGUGGGGCUUACUAAGGGGGCUGGAGGGGCCUUGGGCUCCCAAAUGAAACAUCUCCUGCUCAUCCGUUCCAUACUUCCCCACGUAACUCAAGCCAAGCUGCAACCCCCCCAGCUUAAAACAAUGCCCACACCUCAGACAACAAGCGCCCUCCCCUUCCACUCCCAGCCCCUUAAAUGACACUUCCCCCAAGGCCAAUGGCAGAUGGCCCGACCUGACUUCCAAGGGCAGACCGGCCCCUCAGAAGCAAGACUUGGCCUCUCCUGUGGGUCCUUACAAGCAAAGAAAGCACAAAGCUUGAUACUGGGGAGUCCACUGUCCCACCUUUACUCUGCUAAAGGUUUUGAUGGACCUUGAGCUCCAGAAGGGGAGGGAGAGUCAAGGAUCCUGGUACUUGACCCCAGUGCCAAGUCCAUGCCCAGAAUUCCCAGAGUAACCCUUUCCUGGGGCCCAACUGGCCUGAGGGCAAACAGUGCCCGCCAUGUCUUGGACUGCCUGUUUAGUGGACACUUUUGGACCUAGUCCCAGGAACUCUGGUAGAAGCCAUCUUGGGGGAGCGGUUUGGGUGUAAAUAUGAGGGGGGUGAAGGGAGGUGGGUUGGUAGCAAUAAACAGGUAGAACUAAAUUACCGUCUCCGGUUAUCUUUCCUAUGGAGAGAGCGUUGGGCGGGCGGAACAGACCAGUCUCCUUCAAAGCUGGACUCAGCAAAAUGUUCUCCACUGUCAGGGCCGUCUGUCCCUUCCCCAAAGAUGCUCAGUGCCCUUGACCCUGCUGACCACUAACCAGCCCUCCUCAGAGCACUGGCUCCCGUGGCCACCAGCUUGCUGGGGUCUGAGGGUGGGGGGUAGCUAUUCCCCUCUUCCUAGAACUAUUCAUUGCCCACCCUGCCCCCCGCACCCCGCGACAAAGGGCCUGCUCCGAGGGUUGUCCAAGAGAGGGAGAUCUGCAGUGAGCAGGACCUUCCCUCUGAGGUCACCUCUUCCUGGGUCCCACCGUGCGCCCACUGAAGCUACACCAUCUCCUGGGAGGUGGGCUGGAGACUCCUGGCUUCCUUUGGUUCUCCGGCAUUAACUGCACUAGGGACGGCAAACUGGAGUGUGAGCUUUGUUCUCAGCUGCACUCGUCCCACUACCCUUAGUGGCUUCGGGCAGCCCAAAUGGCCUCACCGCCGUAGUGGUACUGAAUAGUUGCUGUCAUUUCGUAAGCAGUGACAUGUGUGCUGGGCUCCACGCGCUUUGCAUGUAUCUCUCCUGUGAUCCUCAUGCUAUCCCCCUCCCACUGAGGUAGUACCAUCAUCUUCCCAAUUUACAGAGGAGGAAACAAGCUCAGACAGGUUGAAGAUGUUGAGUGGGAAGCCCAACGAGCUUUCAGAGCCCCGCCAGCCUUCCGGAGGGCAAACUAUCACUCCUGUGAUGUGCCUCUGACACCCUCUGACCCAGCCAUUCCCUUCCCAGGAUUCCAUCCCUACAAAGAGCCACACGAGUGGCCACAAAUAUAUGGACAAAGAUAUUCACGACAGCUUUGUGUAAGAAAUUGGAAACAACGCAAAUGGGGAAUUAGUUAGAUACCUUAUGGUUCAUUCAUACAGUACCAUUAAACAUGACGUUGUAGAAAAAUAUUUAACGACACAGGGAAAAUCUUUGUGAUUUUUUUAUUGUUUAAAUUGAAAUUUUAAAAUUAUACAAAUAACGUACAAACGUUCUUGUAAAAGAAGUCUGUGCAAUAUCAUGGGGGAAAAGUGAGUAAUAAACUUUAUUUAUAGGGUGA